CCUUCUGCCACAUCCCUCACAUCUAGCUUCACUCAUCUCUCUCUCUCUCUGUGAGCACUUCACUCACCUCUUUCACUCAUCUCUCUCUCUUUGGGAGCACUUCACUCAUCUCUUUCAGUCAUGGCAACUACACUGGUAAUGGUGCUCAUGUUGGCCAUGAUAGGUGGAUCAGUGCCUUAAAAGAACCAAGCUGGCUGUUUCUAAUCAUUCCCAAGCACAGGAUCAGUAACCUUCUUUCACUUCCCUAAGACAUCUUCUAUCUGUUGUUUAUGUCCUGGGAGGGGGCUGACUGCUGAGGGACUCCAUGUCGGUUAAAUCGAUGUAUCUGCAUUUUUUCCUUGUCUGCUUGGACAAAUAAUGGAUUUCCAGAGAGCAUAUUUGUAGAAAUGAAUGGUUCCUUUUCUUAAGUAGCUUUACAUAUUAUGUGAAUUUUCCCAUGCAGCAGGCAAUAUCUUCUUCCCCUCUACCUUAUGCUCUUGUUUUGGUAAAUGAGCUAAAAGUGUUCUUUUGUGUGGUGGUAGAUGCUGCUUGGUGUGUUUGCAAGUCUGAUCAGGGUAGCGCUGCUCUACAGAAGGCAUUGGACUAUGCUUGUGGAGCUGGGGCUGACUGCAGACCCAUUCAACAAAAUGGGAUUUGCUACAAUCCCAAUACAGUGGUUGCCCAUUGCUCUUAUGCUGUCAACAGCUACUACCAGAAAAAAGGGCAGGCUCAACAGGCUUGUGACUUUUCAGGCACUGCCACCAUCACUUCAACAGACCCAAGUUCCACUGGUUGCACAUACCCUAAAGGCAACAGUUCUGCAGGCACAAGCACUACACCAAGCACCCCAACCACCCCCAGCACAGGAACCACCUCAGGCACAACACCCAGCACCUUCAGCCCACCCUCCAGCACUGGGACAGGAGGAGUUUUGGGAGGACUGGGCCCCUCAGGAAAUACCAUUUCUACUGAGGGCAGUGAUGGUGGCUUCCCCUCGAAGGCCGGGAUGGGCCCUCUCCUCCUUACCAUCAUGUUCUCAGGCAUGGUUUUGUUGAAGAGUUGAUUACAAGCUAGAGGCCAGAUCUUGAGUGAUCCUACAGUAGGAAAUUGGAGGACCAAAUCAUCUAGAGACAUUCCAACUCUAGGGUUUGUUUCUUUUCCUUAGUGGACAACAGAGAGUUUUGAUUCCAUAUGUUGGGCGUUGGCAUGGAAUGGUGGGCUUGGCUGUCCUCUACAGACACUAGUUCUUUUCUUUCUAAAUCCAGAGAAGCAGAAAUUAAUUAAUUGACUUAGUAUAUGGGUUUCCUUCUCUGCUAGGGCUCCAUGUGCUGUCACCAAUGAGUAUAUGUUAUUAUCUCCUGCUGUUUUCGUA